UCAUUAUUAUUUGCCAGUGCAUUUUUCAUUUUUUUUGUGCAGCGAACAAAGUUAAUGUUUGUUUAAAUAAUAAAUAGAAAUAAGAUGCCGAAAUAUUACUGCGACUACUGUGACACAUACUUGACGCACGAUUCGCCAUCGGUGCGGAAGACGCACUGCACGGGUCGCAAGCAUCGCGACAACGUCAAAUUCUACUACCAAAAAUGGAUGGAAGAACAAGCGCAGCAUUUAAUCGACGCAACAACAGCCGCCUUCAAAGCCGGUAAAAUAACAAAUAAUCCAUUUGCGGGUCCAUCGCCCGGUGGCAAACCGAGUGGCGUCAAUAUUCCGCCCCCCAAUAUGGGAGCACCACCCCGCUCUGGCAUGCCGAACAUGCCGCCAUAUAUGCCACCAAUGAUGAAUCCGCUAAUGGCUCCCACUGGAAUACGUCCGCCGCCCAUUUUAAAUCCCAUGGCUAUGAUGGGUCCUCCGCCGCCACUGGGUACACUUCCCCCCCAAAUGAUGAAUGGACCCAAAUAACAGCAGCAAUUAGUCGAAUUAAGUCAAAUGUACAAUUAAGACAUGUAGAAAUACACUAGAAAUUCAUAAAAAGAAAAA